GAGCGUGCCGUUAAUUUUGCAAGUAGACAUCCCUUAAAAAAAAUAAUAAUAAUAAAUAAAAUAAAAACUCCAAACUUUUUCUCAUCCUGCUACUUCCUGAAACGAAGCCAUAGAACUCAAUCCACAUUAUUUGGCCCCUUCCGUCCUCUUCUCUCUCUAGCCUUUGUUCCCUUCGUCGUCCACUUAUGCAUUGCAAUGCUCAGAGCAACAUUCAUUCCCAUCUUGACAACCAUUCCCACCAAAACUAGCCAUCUAAAGCUUUCACGAGCUUUCACCAAUGCACUGAGUCAUACCCCAGCAACUGUUCGACAAAAUGACUCACCCAACUCUCCAAUCACAACCCCAUCACACAAACUGCCUCCAUCUUCGGCUUACGUCCACCUGCCUUUCUGUCGGAAACGCUGCCACUACUGUGACUUCCCCAUUGUCGCUCUUGGCUCGUCCUCAAGCCAGACCGAUGACGACCCACGAAUUUCCAACUACGUUGAACUCAUCUGCCGCGAAAUUAAAGCAACCCAAUUGGAUUUCAACUACAACCCACCCCUUGAAACGGUCUUUUUUGGAGGUGGCACGCCUUCACUCGUGUCGCCAAGGCUCGUUUCCUUGGUCCUCGAGGCGUUGAGUUUGAAAUUCGGGUUGUCAUCGAAUACCGAGAUAAGUAUGGAAAUGGACCCUGGAACAUUUGAUGCUAAGAAAAUGAAGGAAAUGAUGGAGUUGGGUGUGAAUAGAGUGUCUUUGGGUGUUCAGGCUUUUCAGGAUGAGUUGCUCAAGGCUUGUGGGAGAGCCCAUGAUGUUAAGGAGGUUUACAGCGCAAUUGAGAUUGUUGGGUCAUGUGGGGUUGAGAAUUGGAGUAUGGACCUCAUAUCUUCUCUCCCUCAUCAGACACCAGAAAUGUGGGAAGAGAGUUUGAGGCUGACUAUUGAAGCACAGCCGACCCAUGUAUCGGUCUAUGAUUUGCAAGUUGAACAAGGCACCAAAUUUGGUAUAUUGUACACACCAGGGGAGUCCCCUCUGCCAUCCGAGACCCAAUCAGCCGAAUUCUAUAAAAUGGCUUCAAUAAUGCUUCCCGGUGCUCUUUACGACCAUUACGAAAUCAGCAGUUAUUGCAAGAGUGGUUUCGAGUGCAAACACAAUUAUACGUACUGGAAGAACAGGCCUUUCUAUGGUUUUGGCCUUGGAUCGGCCAGCUUUCUUGGUGGAGUGAGGUUUUCAAGGCCAAAGAAGAUGAAAGGAUACAUGAAUUAUGUGCAGGAUUUGGAGGAUGGUGUGGUGGAUCGAUGUGAGAAUAAUUGCAUUGAUGCCAAGGACAUGGCCAUGGAUGUUGUGAUGCUGUCUCUUAGAACUUCAAAGGGCUUGGACUUGAAGUCCUUUAUUGAAACAUUUGGUAACUCUUUUGUUCUCUCUCUUUGUGAGGCUUAUAAACCAUAUGUUGAAAGUGGGCAUGUGAUUUGCUUGGAUGAGCAUAGGAGGACCAUAACAGCAGAUGAAUUCAGCUCCAUACUAUCUGACAAGCACAAGAUUGAAAAAGUCUUGGCAUUUAUUAGACUCAGUGAUCCGGAUGGUUUCCUCCUCUCUAAUGAGUUAAUAUCCCUUGCAUUUCGGGCCAUAGCGCCAUAAACUGCAAUCUUACUUCAAAGAAUUUUGGAUGUCAUUAAGAUUGCUGGCCUCAACAUCUAUCAAGUGGAUGUUUUUAAAGAUCAUCAGAUAUUUGCAAUGCAGUUGAGUGCAAUGAUGCUAUCCUGUAAGAAGUUUGUGUGGUCAAAUCAAACUUUGUCUCCACUAAAACCUCCCUUCCUGCAUCUGGCUUGUGCAUCUGAAUGGAUUUAAUAUUUCAUCAUCCAGGCUGGACUAAUCAGGUGAUAAUUUUUACAUGUAGCAACCAGUUUGAUUUUGAUUAGAAAAAUCUGUAUUCAUAUUAAGCUCUUUCAGUCCUCUUUAUAGUUUAACCAUAAGUAAAGCAAUCAAGUUGACAAGAGUAAGCAAUUUGAGAACAUAUAUUGUACAGAUUAAGUCUUUUGCACUUUGAGAACAUCCUUUUUUUGAUAUGUGUACUUUGAGAACAGCCUAAGAACAUGAAAUCUGUUUAAUGAACAAAUGCAUCUGUUAUUUAUUAAGAA